AUGAUAGCAACAAUGAAUCUAUUUGGUUCUGUAGUACCAAAUCUUAAUACAACAUUUUUAAUUGACACGAGUGGUUCAAUGUAUUCAUGUUUAGCUACUGUUCGUGAACAUCUUUCCGCAUAUCUACGUGUACAUGCAGUUGAUAUACCAAACCCACAUCAAACAUUACUUUUUAAUUUAAUAGAAUUUAAUUCCAAUAUACGUCGAUGGGCUGAUCGAUGUGUAUUUUGGUCACAUCCAUCUGUUGUUGUUGCUGAUGAUUGGCUUCGUUCAUUAGAACCUAAAACAGGUACAAAUACGUUAGGUGGUUUAUUGACGACAUUUGCUGAUACAUUAUGUCAACAAGUUGUACUUAUUACGGAUGGUAUACCUGAUCAAGAACCACAAGUUAUUAUAAAUUUUCUUCAACAUCAACAACAAGAAAAACGUCCAUGUCAUAUAUUCUAUAUAAAUACACCAUCAAAUACAGAACAAGAACAAGAAACUGUUGUUAAAUUUCUUCAAGAUUUAGCAUUAUUAACACGUGGUUCAUUAACAAUAGCACAUUUCUCACGAACAGGUUCAUUAGAAAGUCUUGCACCAAUGAUUAAUUAUCAAAUACAAGAUGCAACGAAUCCUUUAUUAGUACUUGAUACAUCAUUACCUACCCCAAUAGGUGGACCACCCAUGGAUACAGCUGUUUCAUCCGAAAUUGGAACACUUUUAAUUGGACAAGAAUGUUUAGCAAGAAAAGAUAAAGAUGGAUAUUAUUAUCGUGGUAAAAUUCUUAACCAAUUAAAUAUUAAUCAAUUUAUGAUUGAAUUUGGUCCACGAAGUGCUGGUGGUUUUAGUGAAUCAGAUUUUCAACCAACAUAUUUAUUUGAUAUUAUACAUUAUACAGAUGCAUUAAUGCAUAAAAUUCAAACAGGAGAUUUUGUUCUUGCUCCUGAUGGACAUGAAGGUCGUUUUGUACCUGGAGAAGUACUUGAUGGUUUCGAAAAACGUGCUUCAUGUGAAAGUGGUGAAAUUCGUCCAUUAAUUAUUCAUUUUGCAAAUGGAAAAACGAUUACAGUAAAAAGAUUACAAGAAGCAAUAUGGAUUCCAUCUGCAUUAUAUGAACGUAUUAAAUUUGAACUUACAAUACCACCAACUGCUCGACAAUUUCUUCAAAAUAAUUCAGUUGCUUAUCCAACUAAACUUUUACCCGGUUAUCCAAUGCCUGCACCAUUUCCAAUGACUUCUGAUCAUUGGCCAUUUUUUCUUCCAAAUCAACAAUUUCAAAGUACAUCACCUGUUGUACUUGUUCCUCAUCAAAAUAUACCAACAAGUGUUAAUAGUCAUGAGGUUAAUAAUCUUAUUAUGAUUUCACAACAAAGACCACAGAGUUUAAUGACAAGUGAUGAACUUAAUCGUAGAGUUGAUGAUCAAAUUAAACAACAUUGGUUUCUUCUUGAUGAACGACCACCUUCUGUACCUCCACCACAAUCAUUACCACCACGUCCUCCUUCAACUUCAUCUCAUCAUAACCAUCAUCAUCCUCAUCCUCACCCUCAUCAACAUUCACAUUCAACUAAUUCUUCACCAAGUCCAUAUUCAACAAGAAAGAAAAAUGUUUGUUUCAAUGAUUCAUCUUCUGUUCGACGAUAUUCUGUUGAUGAUCUUGAUAUGUCUCGUGAAUCAACUCCAUUGAAAUCAUGUCUUAAAUCAUCGAUUGAUACACAUCAACAUACUCAUACACACACACCAUCAACAUGUCAAAAAACAAAACCAGAUAGUAAUGUUAUGUCAAAUAAUAUUUAUCGAUCAUCAUCAGGACCUAUUUCAAUUGAACAUUGGCAUGCAAGACAAUUAAAAUCAGCACCUGCUCCUCCUCUUCCUCCCCCUAUACCAACUACUUCAUUAAAUAAUUCGGCUCGUCGACACCAUUUAGGUCAUUUAUAUGAGAAAGCUCAACAUGAAGUAAAAAAAGAACUUCAUCAAGAACACGUUCAACGUGAACAUUACAAACGACAACAAGCGAAAGAACAAUCCCAGAGUAUUCAAAAUCGUCAACAACAAGAAUUAGAUAAAUCUGAUCGAAUCAUGGAAGCUAAACGACAACAACGUAAUCAAAUAAUUCAUCAAAAUCAUCAACGAACACAAGCAGUUGAAGAACAAGCGAAUGAUCGAAUACGUUUUAAACAAAAUCAAUAUGCUCAACGAAGUUUCGAUACUACACAAGCACGUCAUUCCAAUGAACAAAAAACUACGAAAGAUUCCCAACGUCGACAACAAGAAGAAGCUCAACGUAAUCAAGUUCAUCAUGAUAAUAUACUUUGUCAAGAAGCUGAUCGUUUAUAUAAAGAUGUUGUAUCACGUAAAUUUCGUGAAGAAGCUGAUUAUAAAGCUCAUGUUCGACGAGAUCUUGAAGAAAAACGAACUGAUCUUAUACAUGAUAUUGAAAAAAGACGAAUAGCAUGGUCAAAUCCAACAAUAUUAUCAUAA